AUGUCCGUCCAUCCCGCCGUGCUCCUCCCCGCCGACGCCGGCGACGUCCCCGAAGACCUCCGCUGCGCGCUGCGCGCCGCCGCGGCGGCGGCCGCGCCGGGCGCGGACGUGCUGGGCCUCCGCGCAGCGCGGCCGUCGGGCGGCGACGUCUGGGUGCACCGGGCGAUGGUGGAGAUCCGAUGUCCCAGGUUGCUUGAAGAUGAGGGGAAGAAACGCCAGAGGUGCGAGAACGACGAGGCCACGCAGAUGCUUUCGCUGGACGUGUCCCUGGACGCCUUGCGGCACUUCGUGGAGUACCUCUACACCGACCGCCUCGACGGCGAUUUGGCCGUGCCCCUGACGGCCGAGCUCAUGCGGCUGGCGCGCGAGCGAUGGCGGGAGGAGGGCGACUUCUUCUCGCCCGGCCAGCGGCGCCGUUCUCCGGCGCCGGAGGGGUCUCCGGAGCCGAGCGGCUCCGGAGACCCGCCCGGGCCGCGCUGCGCCAUGCAGCGGCUCUACACCCUGUGCGAAGCGCACCUCUUCUUUCGCUUAAGCAUGGAAACUGCCGUGGAGAUCUUACUGGUGUCAAUCCAGGGUAAAUCGAAAUCCCUUGAACAGAAUGUCUACAAGUGGUUCGCGCGUGAGAAGCCCGCCUUGGACAUCUCCUUCAACCGCCACCUGAUGACCGCCCUCAAGGACCAUCCCGAGGAGCUGGCGAAGGCCAUUGCCGCGGCGGCAGGGAACGACCACCUCAGCAGCGAAGCGUCGAGGGCGGAGGAUGUUGUGAAGGCCUUGCCUCCUCCGCGUCUGAAGUUCGAUCUCCUGGAGCUCCUGGCGUCGCCGGGCGACUGUCGCCUCGUGGCCGAGCAGCUCGACGUCUCGGCGCAUCGCUUCAUGUUGGCCGCGCGGUCCAGGUACUUUGCGUCCAUGCUGGCGAGCCCCAUGCGUGAAGCGCGGACGGGUGAACUGCCAGUGCAAACGGUGCCCACGCCCAGCAAGAAGAGUAUCCAGGCCCUCUUAGAGUUCCUCUACACCGGGAGCCUGACGGCAUCCAUCGAGUCGCUCCGCCCCGCGGACUUCAUGGAUUUGCUCAUGGUGCUAGAUGAGGGUGGUGGUGAAAACUAUUUGCAAUUGGCGCCCGAGACUUACACUUCCCUUCGUCGCAAGGUGGAAGGCCUGGUGGUGGCCAAGGUGGAUUCGAAGAAUAUGUGGAUGAUCCUGCGAAGAGCCAAACUGCUGAAGAACCCGGACAUCUCCGCCCAUGCGCUGAAAAAGGUGGUGAAGAAAACCGACUUUGAGGAUGCAGAGAGCUUUCAGCAGUGGUGCCAAGGGCGAGAUCAAGGUCUUGUUUGGUCCGAGCAGCUGGAAGUGCAACUACUUCAAGAUGUCCUGAAACAGAAGUGUAAGCAGCAGCAGAAACUCAAGCAGAAGCUUCAGAAGAGGGUGGAGGCUUGGACCCUGCAGGUGGAGAAGCCCUUCCCGGAAUCUUCGGGGGUCUACAACUGCCGAGGGCGACGGUACCUCCUGAGAUCCGACACCGCGGUGGGUUCGGCGUGUGCGAACGAGAUCGGCUCCAUUUCGGCCAUCUUCGAGGAGGAAGUGCGCGCCACUCGGGGGCACGAGCCGUUCAGGGUCGGCUUUGCGCACCUGAUAGAUGUGAUCUAUCCUUAGGAGCAGUGGUUUCCUUUAUGUUUGGGUUGGGCGAUUGUUUUUUUGGUUGAGACCAUGAUACUCUCAAUCAUAAUUCGACAUCAUUCAACAUUCCUUGCCAGAUACUCUCAAUCAUAAUUCGACAUCAUUCAACAAUCCUUGCCAUGGGGCUCCCUACACAAAGAGCCCGUGGAGGACGCUCCCGGCCCUUUCAAAGCUUUAGCUGCUAGCACUUAGUCUGAACAAUUUCCCCAGGCAACAGAGCUGAUGACUUGGGAAACUUACAGAAUAGAAUGACCAUACUUUGGUCAACCCUGCCAGCCAUGCUCACCCGAACCGCCGCCGUGUCUCGCCCUCUCGCGCCCAGGUGCGAACAACACGGCGCGGGUGUGGUGGGCUUUGUUGGGACCUUCGCAACACGAAUCCUCACGUAGCUCACAAAUCCCUUAGGGGUUGUGGUAGGGGUCGACGCUGGAAGGUCCCUGCAAGUAGGAUGAAGUCGGGUCUAUGAGAGUCCCACAUUCUGUCAGAUAGCAGCACUCUCAUGGUGAAUCAUGACAUAAGUGCUCUACCGAACACCCAGCUUCAGCCAUGGUUUCCUCCUGCUGGUCUCAACCGAGUUCCUUAUCAGGUGAAAUCCAUCCCUUCAGACGAAGACCCCCGGGCAAACCCAAACCGAAGCACACCAAAGCCUCGUCUCGACCGAGCUCCUUAUCAGGUGAAAUCCAUCUUGCUGGCCCCGCUGGACCGCUUCGGCCCCGACGCGUUGCGCCGCGCGGCGCUGCAAGUGCGCGGCUCGUCGGGCACCUGGCACGACCUGGGGCCACUGUCCGGACAACGGCAGCGGGUGCAGGUGAACCGCAGUGGGAAGCACUGGCGUCUCCAUGGUUUCAACAUCGCCGUCUCCAUCUUCCGCUUUCGACUGAAGUCCCACGACAGUGCAGCAGCGCCCGACGCGCCGCACCGCGACGCCGCUCGGCGCGGGCGCGGCGCCGCG